AUGCACUGGAAUAUAAUUUCGAAAGAGCAAAGUAGCUCUUCUGUAUCGUUACCAACUCUAGACAGCAGUGAACCCUGUCACAUCGAAGUUAUCCUCAGGGCGAUACCCGAAAAAGGAUUACAAAACAAUGAGUCGACCUUCAAAAUAGACCCAUAUGAAAAUACUGUGCUAUUUCGCACAAACAAUCCGUUACAUGAGACAACCAAGGAGACCCAUUCAACAUUUCAAUUCGAUAAGGUAUUCGAUGCUAACGCCACUCAAGAAGAUGUUCAGAAAUUUCUGGUGCAUCCAAUAAUAAAUGAUGUUUUGAAUGGUUAUAACGGUACUGUAAUAACAUAUGGACCAAGUUUCAGCGGAAAGUCCUAUUCCCUUAUUGGAUCAAAAGAAAGCGAAGGAAUUCUACCGAACAUAUGCAAGACCUUGUUUGAUACGCUAGAAAAAAAUGAAGAAACAAAGGGAGAUAGUUUUAGCGUAAGUGUUUUGGCAUUCGAAAUAUAUAUGGAGAAAACGUAUGACUUAUUGGUACCUUUACCUGAAAGAAAACCAUUAAAGCUUCACCGUUCUUCAAGCAAAAUGGACUUAGAAAUCAAAGAUAUUUGUCCGGCACAUGUCGGAUCGUAUGAAGACUUAAGAAGCUACAUUCAGGCAGUCCAAAACGUCGGCAAUAGGAUGGCAUGUGGCGACAAGACAGAGAGAUCAAGAUCACACCUAGUUUUUCAAUUACACGUAGAACAAAGGAAUAGAAAAGAUGAUAUAUUAAAAAAUAGUUCUUUAUAUCUGGUUGAUUUACACGGGGCAGAGAAGUUCGAUAAAAGAACUGAAAGUACGCUAUCACAAGAUGCGUUAAAAAAAUUAAACCAAUCUAUUGAGGCGUUGAAAAACACUGUGCGGUCCUUGUCAAUGAAAGAGCGUGAUUCAGCCUACAGCGCAAAAGGAUCACAUAGUUCUGCUUACCGUGAAUCGCAAUUAACUGAAGUGUUAAAAGAUUCCCUUGGGGGAAAUAGGAAAACAAAGGUGAUAUUGACAUGUUUCUUAAGUAAUGUUCCAACUACCCUAUCAACACUAGAAUUUGGUGACAGUAUUAGACAGAUCAAUAACAAGGUUACAGAUAACACCACAGGUUUAAAUCUGAAAAAAAAAAUGGAUCUAUUUAUUCAGGACAUGAAAAUUAAGGAUGAUAAUUAUGUUGCCCAAAUUAAUAUACUAAAGGCUGAAAUAGACUCUUUAAAAAGCCUUCACAAUAAAUCUCUUCCCGAAGACGACGAGAAAAAAAUGUUAGAAAAUACAAAGAAAGAAAAUAUCAAACUAAAGCUUCAAUUAGACAGUAUUACCCAAUUAUUGAGUAGUUCUACCAAUGAAGAUCCUAACAAUCGUAUUGACGAAGAAGUUUCUGAAAUAUUAACGAAAAGAUGCGAACAGAUUGCUCAGCUUGAGUUAUCUUUUGAUCGACAGAUGAAUUCCAAUUCUAAGUUGCAGCAAGAGUUAGAAUACAAAAAGUCAAAAGAGGAAGCCUUAGAGUCUAUGAACGUUAGGCUACUAGAACAAAUUCAGCUUCAGGAAAGAGAGAUUCAAGAGCUUUUAACUACUAACGCCAUCUUAAAGGGUGAACUAGAAACUCACACUAAACUUACUGAAACACGCAGUGAAAGGAUAAAAUCUUUGGAAAGUUCUGUCAAAGAGCUUUCUCUUAAUAAAUCUGCAAUCCCAUCUCCUAGAAGAGGGUCUAUGAGCUCGUCAUCAGGAAAUACUAUGUUGCAUAUCGAGGAGGGUUCUGAAAUAUCAAAUAGCCCUUGGUCAGCCAAUACUUCCUCAAAACCUUUAGUAUGGGGCGCGAGAAAGGUUUCUUCUAGCAGUAUAGCAACCACUGGAUCACAGGAGUCUUUUGUGGCAAGACCGUUCAAGAAGGGAUUAAACCUCCAUUCGAUAAAAGUCACUUCGAGUACUCCAAAAAGUCCCUCUUCUGGAAGCUGA